CGUCGUCCGCGACAGCUCAGCGUGUGCGCGACGCACGGUGGCCCCGGUGGCUGGUAUAGUGUCACGGAGGCGAGCGAAAACUCGCUCGAGUGCGAGUGGCGCGCGUUCUUCGGUCGGGAUUCGGUUUCUGUUCGGUGAAUUAUUCUAUUGUAACAGCGUAUCGUCGGUUCGUUUCUCUGCUCGACGGGGGAGUCUUUCUUUCGGAUGGUAACGGCGUCGACGGACGAAACGAACGAUAAGAGGAGUGCGAAAGUUCAGAAAGUUCGCGAGAUGAAAGAUUACGAGGGAUGACCGGAGAAAUGUGCGCCGGGUAAGAUCGGUGGUCCUCAGCGUUGGAGUAGUUUGGAUUAUCGUAUGUUAAUGGAAAGAUACUAAGUACAAGGAAGAUUCAGAUGAUUGGAUUGGUUGAUAGCGGCUAAUGAGAAAGCAGGAACGCGUAACAUCGCGUGCGAACGGUGUUGCUCCCGGAGUGAUCUCGCGUGAAUUCGUGCGCGUCUCGUUGGACGUUGUGCUUUGAGAAUGAUUCGCAGUGAUUGAUGGUGCGCGUUUCUCGGCUUGUGCGGGUUCCCCUUGUUUGCAGCUGGUCCGAGGAUCUAUAGGGUACCAGCAAAUCGGGUGCACCCGUUCGGCUUGUGUGUUGAUCCUGCGGAUUUCACGGUACGCGGCGCGGAAGAGGUUUCGAAGUUUCGUCGCGACGCUGGGAUAUCUGGGAGCGACGAUGCGCGAGGAGCGUGCAACGGACACGCGGGACGAGGACACCGGAAAACCGGUGCCGUGAACCGCGAGGGAGCACAGCCGGGACAGCGGCGGCGGCGGCGGCGGCGGCAGCGGCGGCGAGGAUGAUGCUGCUUGAUGAUCGGUUGCUAUGAUCGAGCCGCGGAGGGUUCACGUGGAACGAUCAUGAUUUACCUUAGGCUGCACUUCGGGAGGAGUCUACGGUGCAACGCGAACGCUAGGCACUGGAAUGUGUUCAUCGUGCCGCUCUUCCCGCUCUGGAUUAUCGGUGCUUUCUGCGUGAAGGACAUCCCUAUAUCGCACAUCGUGGCGCUGGUCGGCGAUCCCACGUAUCUUCCCUGCGACAUAUCAACCACCUACGAGGGGGACUCGGUGCAUCUUGUGCUCUGGUAUCGCGAUGAUCUCGGUACAUCGAUUUACAGUGUCGAUGCAAGGGAUCGAGACUUCGGCAUCGCGCAGAGAUGGUCGGACGAGUCGGUGUUCUCGAACCGAGCUUAUUUCAUGCUGGACAAAAAUCCGGCCGAGCUCGGCGUCAACCCCAUAAGGGAGGAGGAUGCCGGGAUCUACAGGUGUCGCGUCGAUUUCCAGAUUGGCCAGACGCGCAACUCCAAAGUCAAUUUAACGGUGAUAGAGCAUAUUAUACAGGGUGAGGCACCUAAAACCGGCCACCUGAAUAACUGGGCUGCUACUGGUGAUAGGAAAAAAUGCAUCAGACCAAAAUUAUUUGGUAUCCAGGGGCUGAUCAUUCGAUGUUACUAG